AUGUCCAUGUUCAAGGCUCCUGCUAAAGUGGUGGAAAAAUUAGAGUCUAUGAUGAAAAGGUUCCUUUGGGCAGGAAACAAAGAUGUGAAGAAGAUGCAUUGGGUGUCACGGGACCGGGUGGCGUUACCGAAAAAAUUAAGGGGGCUGGGUUUAUGUAAAUUAAAAUUUAUUAAUGUUUCUCUUUUGUCUAAAUGGAUAUGGAGGUACAAGGCAGAAGAAACCAGUUUGUGGAAGUCGGUUAUCGGGGUAAUCCACGGACCUGGUAGGAAGUGGUCGUUUCUGCCAUUAAGCUCCGCUGUUUCUGGAGUCUGGAGGAACAUUGUGAAAAUGGAGGAAGGGAUAGUCAUCAAAGGGAAAAGUUAA